CACACCUCGAAAUCAUCAAACCUUUUUGGCGACGGGCACAGGUCGUCAGCUCACCAAUCAGUCGCAACGGUGUCUCUCCCUUUGACUCCGCGUCUACUCUUUUCUUCUUGUCGCUCCUCUUCCACCACUGCAGCUGGUCCUGCGUUCACCAGCCGAUCCACCUUCCGAAUCGUCGGUGUCUUCCUACCAACCCCACUCCGCACAUACGCCAGCAAGAAGAGGAUGCCUCCCAAGAAGGAAGUGAAGCAGGAGAAGCUGCUGCUGGGACGACCUGGCAACAGCUUAAAGAGUGGGAUUGUCGGACUCGCGAACGUGGGAAAGUCGACAUUCUUCCAGGCGCUCACCAAGUGCUCGCUUGGAAACCCUGCCAAUUUCCCAUAUGCCACCAUUGAUCCCGAAGAAGCGCGUGUCAUCGUUCCCGACGAGCGAUUCGACUGGCUGGUCGAUCACUACAAGCCCAAAUCGAUCGUUCCUGCAAACUUGACUGUUUACGAUAUCGCCGGUCUCACACGAGGUGCCUCAACAGGUGCUGGUCUCGGAAACGCGUUCUUGUCACACAUCAGAGCGGUCGAUGCCGUGUUCCAAGUUGUGAGAUGUUUCGACGAUGCCGAGAUCAUCCACGUGGAGGGCGACGUCGACCCAAUCCGUGAUCUCGAAAUCAUCAGCGAGGAGCUCCGUAUCAAGGACACCGAAUUCGUUGAGAAGGCACUUGAGAACUUGGCCAAGCAGACUCGCCGUGGAGGUCAGUCUCUGGAGAUGAAGAAGCUCAAGGAGGAACAAGCUACAGUUGAGAAGAUUCUUGAAAUGCUCAAGGCGGGCAAAGACGUACGGAAAGGCGACUGGGGUCCAAAAGAGGUUGAGGUCAUCAACCCUCUUUUCUUGCUCAGUGCGAAACCAGUUGUGUUCCUCGUCAAUCUCAGUGAGAAGGACUACAUCCGCCAAAAGAACAAGCAUCUUCCCAAGAUUGCGGAGUGGGUGAAGGAGCAUGCAACCGGUGAUCCCAUCAUUCCCAUCUCAGUAUCUUUCGAAGACCGUCUUACGCGCUUCGAAACGGAGGCGGAUGCGGAGGAAGAGUGCAAGAAGCUCGGCACAAAGUCUGCGCUCCCAAAGAUUGUGACGACCAUGCGCAAAGCUUUGAACCUCGGAUCAUUCUUCACGACCGGCACAGAUGAGGUCCGACAAUGGACGAUUCGGAAUGGAACUAAAGCUCCUCAAGCAGCUGGUGUCAUUCACGGAGAUUUCGAGAAGACCUUCAUCCAGGCUGUUGUCUACAACUACAAGAUCAUGAAGGAGGAAGGCGACGAAGCGGCAGUAAAGGCCAAGGGCAAAGUGAUGACCAAGGGCAAGGACUACGUGGUGGAGGAUGGAGAUAUUCUGCUCAUCAAGGCGGGUGCGGCCAAGGCAUAA